AUGGAAAAAGAAGAAACUGAAACAACAACCCAACACAUACCACCAAAGCCACCAGAUAUUACUACCAUAUAUACCACAUCUACCACUAUCACACCCAAAACUACUAAUGGCACAAGUGCAGGCCUCCAAACAACCUUCAAGGAAAAACUACUGGCACCAGAAUUCAUGAUACAUAUUAACAUGCCAGAAGAUGAACAAACAAUGGAAGAGCAACAAUUAACAGAGGACCAAAUACCACAAACAUCAAACGACUUGCAGGAAGGUAUAAGAACAAUCCAUCUAACAGAAGAAGAUAAAAAUAGAAUGUAUCUACCAUGGAGAUACUCUCUGAUCAUUAAGCUACUAGGCAAACGAAUACAACAUCAAUACCUAAAGAAGAAAUUGCAGAAAAUGUGGAAACCAUCGGAUAACUUCCCACUAAUAGAUCUGGGAUCCGACUAUUUCAUAGUCAAGUUCAACAAAGAAGAAAAUAUGGUCAGUGCACUCCAAAAUGGACCCCGGUUCAUCAAUGGUUUCUUCCUAUCCCUCAAAAAAUGGGAACCAAAUUUUGUAGCAAGCCAUGCUACCCAAGAGAGGUCGGCAAUUUGGAUACGUCUUCCUCAGUUGCCCACCGAGUUCUAUGAUGCAAUUAUACUUAAGAAAAUAGGCAACACCAUAGGAAACCUACUGAAGAUUGAUGCCUGUACAAGUGCAGCACUAAGAGGAAGAUACGCACGACUAUGCAUUGAAAUGAAACUUGAAGAGCCAGUCCAAUCUUGUAUACUCAUAGGCAAUUACAAACAAGAAAUCAUAUAUGAAGGAGAGCACAUCCUCUGCAAAGCCUGUGGAAGACUAGAACAUACUAUCCACCACUGCCCUCACACCAAACUUACACCAGCAUCUCCAGACCUAUAA